AGCAGCUCUCCCCUCAGCGAGGAAAGGCUGAGGGAGCUGGGGGUGUUCAGCCUGGAGAAGGGGAGGCUCUGUGGACACCUCACUGCAGCACUGCAGGGCUAAUCAGAAUGUACAGCAUCUCAUUGAGAGCAUCGUCCAAACAGUCCCUGAGCACUGGCAGGCAUGGAGCAUCAACUCCUACCUCAGAAACCUGUCCCAGUGUGUGACCACCCUCGCGGCAGUGACGUUCUUCCAAUUAUCAAGUGACUCAGAAGGGAGCAACAGCAAGCCUUCCAACAAAGUGAACAGGAAUUCGUUCACCCAACGCGCAGCUGACACUGCGUGCAGUGAGUGGUUGCAGUGGACACACAAUGGGCUCACAUUGGAAACCCUCGUUGUUCCAGGGAGCUUGGAAAUGAUCAUGGACGGGAUGAAGGCAGAGAUUUUGGGAUAUCAGCAGAGGAGGAGGUGAUGGGUGCCCAUAGAUGGGCUCGGGAUGGAGGGGAGGACUUGGCCAUGGACGCUAUUGCACAGGUUAUCCAUGAAUGUGAAACACACGCUGUAGUUCAGCACGUCAAGCAGGUGAAGACCCUUUGGUAUGGAGGACGAUGGCUGGCAUAUACAUAUGGGGAGGCCUGGAGGUGGAUCAUAUCACACCCCACAAACUCACCAUGGCGAACGCCACGUGCUUACAGUGAUGGAGGAACCACUGAUGGUGGUGAACUCGACUUCUUUUCUGCUUUUUUCCCAGUUCUCUCCCCCACCCCCAUGCAGGGGGUAGUGAGCGAAGGGGCUGAGCUGCUGCGGGGUAACACCACAACCCCGUGGCUGCACUCCCUGGCACUGCACGGCCCCGACAUUGAGGUGUGGGGUCCUGGGCUGCCCUCCAUCCCCAGAGCUGUGAUGGGAGCACUCAGGGCUUGGCUGAGGGCUUUACUUCCUUUUUUCUUUUGCCUUCAGCAAGAAGCAGUCUGGUCACAAGCAGUGUUGUUCUCCUUGGUGUCACUGUCAGUGUGUGAUGGUUCCUGUGCCUUUCGCUUUCGCUUGUGAAAAAGGAAGGGGGACAGUGGGAAGGAGGUGGUGAAGGAAGGAGGAGGGGGUGCAGCAGGCAGGGGACGCAGUGGGGUGAUCCUGAGCUGUGCCCACCUCCCCGUGCCCCCACGCUGUUGCUGAGCAGUGCAGCACAGAGCUGGGCACCUGCAUCCUUCUGCACAUGGAGCACGCCAUUCUGGGCUUGGUGCUGCUGCUCAGCACCAGGACUGAUGCAUCGGCUGCCAGGAGCAAGAAAGGCCCCAUAAAGGAGGUGGCGAUGGACAUGGCCCCCCACUCCUUUGAUGACCAGUACCAGGGCUGCAUCCACUUGAUGGAGGCUGAGCUGCAGGAGCUGAACCGCACCGAGUUCGCCAACGAAAUCUUUGCUGAGGGCUGGAGGAGCGCCACAGAGAAGUGGCAGCGCCAAUGGGGUCGGGUCUCCAGCCCAAUGGUGCUGCGACAGGAUCAAGCCAUAGCCGUGCUGGCGUAUACAAUGGAGGGAGAACUGUACCGUGUGUUCAACAACGCCACGCUCACGGCUGGGCGCUCCCGGCAGCACUACCUGAGCUCCUACCCCUUCAAGACACUGCAUUUCCUACUGAGCAGAGCCCUGCACACCCUGCGGGAAUCCCAAACCCAGCCAUGCCACAACGUCUUCCGUGGCGUCAGGGGCACCCGAUUCACUGCACAGCAAGGCACGGUGGUCCGCUUUGGCCAGUUCACCUCCUCCUCCCUCCGGACGAAGGUCGCUGAGUCUUUUGGCCAGGACACGUUCUUCUCGGUGGAGACCUGCUAUGGUGUGCCCAUCAAGGAAUUCUCCACUUUCCCUGGUGAGGAUGAAGUCCUCAUCCCACCCUUCGAGCAAUUCAGGGUCACCAACUCCACCUACACUGCGGGAAGAAGCUUCAUCCAGCUCCGCUCCCACGGGAAGAGCAGCACCUACAACUGCGAGUUCGUGAAGGAGAAAAGGUGCAAGGGACGGCCAUGCGCUUUCAGUGCAGGCAGGAGCAGCCCCAUGGAAGCCCCGCACCUCUGGGGGCUCCUCCUGGCAGCCGCAGCCCUGGCAGCCCUGGGAGAGCCCUGAGCCACCCACCGCACUGCUGCCAUCCCUCGGAGAUGGACACCUCUCCGUGACAUUCCCAUCAGAUCCUGCUGGAGCUUUUCACCAAGGCUUGUGCCACUGCCGUCAUGCCUGCUAAAGACUGAGGACAUCUUUGCUUGCGGGUCCUGCCAUGCUCCCCUCCACACUGAGGCCACCUCCAAGCACCAAGCUGUGCUGCAUGACCAGACUGCCUUGUCCCCUCCCUGGAGCAGAGCCCGUGGGACCGGCAUUGCAGGGCGCAGAGCAGCUCUCUCCCCAACCCCUCCUGCGGUCCCACUACUCCCCUUCCCCUGCACACCCGCGUGGCUUUGCAGAGCUCUAAGUUCCUCCAGCUCCCCAUGCUCCCGAUGGUCCCUGAGUUCCCCAGCAACAGAGAAGUUCCCUCCAUGAGAGCCCAGCUGGCAGCCUGGACCCUCCUCGAGCUCACAGUUGUAGGUGCUGUUUUUCCAUGAGGAGCGGAGAUGGAUGAGGAUUUUCCUUUGUAUUUUUUUGAUGGUGACCUCGAAGGUCUCAAAGGGUUGGAUGAGGACCAUGUCCUCGUCAGGGUGGAAGGAGAAGUCUUUGACGGGGACAGCAUAGCAGGGCUCCACUGAGAAGAAGGUGUCCUGGUCAAAAGACUCAUUGGCCUUCUUCUGGAGGCUGGAGGAGGUGAACUGGACAACGUGGGCCAUCUUGCCUUGUUGUGCUGGGAAGUGGGUGUUCUCAAUAGAACAGUAGAUGUGGUGGCAUCGUUAGGCCUGGGAUUCCCUCCAGGUCCGGCUCAGGAGGACGAGGAAGGUAAAAGCAGAACGGCCCUUUUGGUGCUCGGUGUGGGAUCUGGAGGGCUGAAAUAAUGGCAGGUCUGAUCAGAGCCUGUUGGAGCAGUCACAAGUCCUCAUCCCACCCUUUGAGUUCACUGAGGUCGCCAACUUCACCUACAGCAAAAGCAGAACCCUCAUCCACCUCUGCUCCCAGGAGUAGAACUGCUCCUGCAACUGUGAGCUCGUGAAGGGUAAGGGGUGCUGGUGAGGUGGGGGGCAACAGGGGUUGGGGCACAGCCCUGGGCAGCUCUGCGCUCCCUGCACUCUUCCAGCCACGGCUGGAGGGGAUCGGGGUACAGAUUGUGUGGCCCCAUCCCCCUGACAGCAUCAUCACGGAGUCCUGGAACGAUUUGGGUUGGAACAGACCGCAAAACCCGUCCAUUUCCUACCCCUGCCGUGGGCUGGGUGCCCCCACCAGCUCAGGCUGCCCAGGGCCCCAUCCAUGAUGUUUGGAACCUGCAGGGAUGGGGCACCCAUGGCUUCAGUAGGCACCCUAAGCCAGGGCCUCACCGCCCUCUGAGGGCAUUAUCCAUAUUCUUCUUGAGCUCCUGCAAACACAGUGCCGUGACCACUGCCCUGCAGACCCCUCUCCAAAGCAAUCUCCUGUCUUCCCUUGAAGCUAGAUGCAAUAAAACUUCCUAUGCAAUAAUCACGAUCCCAGGGAAA